CCCUCAUAGUAAAAACUCAGAACACUAUCGCCGUCGUACGCGCUCGCCGGGAUAACGAUUUCUCCCUAAACCGACGAGAAGAAGAACAUUUCAAAUAACAUAACCUGUCGCGCGCAGGCAGAGUCACGCGCGCUGUCCGCCGGUGGAGCGCGAGCAGCCAGCCGCGCGGGGUUUAAACUGUUCUGGACGGAACAGUUGGUUUUUCUCCCCGGUCGGCGAGAGCGAACUAACGGGGGGGGAAAAAACACACCGGGAUUACGAAGAGUUCACGAACAACAAGCGCGUGAAGAAUUGCGUGGCGUUCGCCAGCCGCUUUCUCCUCCGUUUCCUUGAAGGGGGAAGACUGCGCGCGGGGAUAAUGGAGUGGCUGUCCCCGUCCUGUCUCCCUAUCGUCGUCCUCUUGAUGCACUGUUCCCUCUGUUUAGCCGUUACCGUGACGACCACCCGGCACAAGGUGGAGGUCCGGGAGUUUGCAGAUGCCGAGCUGUCGUGUCAGUUCAACACGGAGCGGGAGAACAACCCGCGCAUCGAGUGGAAGAAGAAGGGCCAUGACGUCUCCUUCGUCUACUACGACGGGCACUUCAAAGGGCCGUUCGAGGGCCGGGCGACAAUCCAGGGCGCCACGGUGACACUGCGUAGGGUGACCCAGAAGGACGCUGGGGAGUACCGCUGUGAGAUCAGCGCGCCGAUGGACUCGGUCAGCCUGGCCGAGACCAACAUCACGCUCAGGGUCCUGGUGCCCCCCCACAUCCCGCACUGCGAGAUCCCCAGCUCGGCCGUGACGGGCUCCGUGGUGCAGCUGCGCUGUAGGGACCACCAGAGCAUCCCUCCGGCCACUUACUCCUGGUACAAGGACAAGCAGCAGCUGCACCCCCCCCGCAACGCCAACGCCUCCUACCUGAUCGACAAGCACAACGGCAUGCUGGAGUUCAAAGCGGUGUCCAAGGACGACUCGGGUCAGUACAGUUGUCUGGCGUCCAACGGCGUCGGCACGCCUAAGAUGUGCGACGGAAACCACAUGAGCAUAGAAGAUGUGAGCGUGGUGGCGGUGGUGGCGGCCGUGGUGGUGUGUCUGAUGCUGGUGGCGGUCGCCUGCGGGGUCGUGCUCCUCCGCCGCAACGGCUUCUUCAGCCGCCACAGAGGAAGGUCGUUUUGGAUCUCGGAGUGUCACGACACACCCCACAUUAGCAGCCAGAACCUGCACAGAACCGAAGACACGUCCAAUGUCAAUUACGUGCCUCCGCCUCAAGAAGCCCAGCCGCAGGAUUUCAAACACACCCAGUCGUUCAUGCUGUGAGAAGCGGGCCUUCCACCGGACAACACGCACUGUCCCCCAGUAAGGUGCCAACACUCGACUCCUUCCAUGCCGACUCACAUCUCCCAUCAUGACUUGUGACUCCCGACUUAUGACGACUUUCUUCCUUUCUGUCGAUAUCAUGGUCUUUUUUGUGACUGAUUUAUACGAUUGGUAAAAAGGGUUGAGCAAUACCGCUUUUUUUUUUUUGUCGUUGAGUAAACGAUAGCGCUCUGCUUCCCCCUGGUGGUUCAAUGUUGAAACUACACUUCCAAUGCGCAGCCACUUACAUUGGCCUCCAUGACAGGUAUAUAUCCUUCCUUCCCUACUCCCCCACCUAGUAGGAUAAUAACCAACUAUUUUUAUUUUCUUAACCAAAGACGACAUGUAGCUCAGCAUAAUUAUCGAACUCGUAUACAAGGGAAGUCUUUAAUGAUAGGUGUAUUUUCACCACAAAGCCAUAGUUAGGAAAAAAGGCCAUUUCCAUUGUAAAAAUGGAUUUCACCUCUGCUAGCAGAGAGCCGGUUACCUCAGACUACAGUAGACCUACAUGGCUUACACCAAUAACCCCCCCCCACCGUAACAAUGGAGAUCUGUCUCCACUUACAACAAAAUGGCUGGCGGCCUUUGGCCAGCCAUGGAGUGAAUGAGGUUUAGAAACCUGACAGGAAACCAAGCCCUACGGAAACCCCUUUCAAAACAAAAGCCCCGUCCCGGCGUGCCUGCAUGGUCUUUUUCUUCAAGUAAAAAUACCUUGUGCCUUUUUUAAUUUGUCUGCCGUAUUUAUCUCUGGAAAUCUGUUUUUUAUGUGGAGAAUUUGCCUUACUUUUUCUUGUCUAUUUUUGUGCCACUGUGUCGUAUCAUGUAGGAGUGUAUGUUUUUGAAAACAAGGUGAGAGAGUGAGUUACUGACGUGAAGUGUAGCAGAUGUGCCAGUAAUAAAUACGUUUUCUAUCAAAACAUU